CAUUUAAGGAAAGUCAUUGUCUCCACCUCCCUGGUUAUCACAACAAUCACUUGAAUGGGCAAUAAGCCCAGGUCUUGUCCUGAGUGUUUUGAUAAGCUGUAGAUAAACGAAUGGGGCAGUGAGCUUGUAUAUAAACCACAAGGCUUGUGUGUCUGAACACUGGCGAGGGACUUGACAACUCCAUAUUUAGCAACUCAGGAGUCACACAAAGAUGUUUCCUGCAGCACAGAUGCUCUUUGCUCUGAGUAGCUUCCUAAGAUUGACAAUGGGUUUUGACAUUGGAUUAUCCACUAAGUGUGUAGCAAUACCUAUGGAGAUGGGCAUGUGCCACAGCAUUGGUUAUUCUGAAAUGAGGCUUCCCAACCUGAUGGGACACACAAGUAUGGCAGAGGUUAUUCCAAAAUCUGCUGAAUGGCACCACUUUGUGGAAACUGGCUGCCACCCUCAUGCAAGGACAUUCUUGUGCUCUCUGUUUGCGCCAGUCUGUUUAGAUACCUUCAUCCAUCCUUGUAGGAGUAUGUGUGUCGCUGUUCGUGACAGCUGUGCUCCUCUGCUCCUCUGCCAUGGACUGUCUUGGCCUGACAGUUUGGACUGUGAUCGUUUCCCUGCUGAUGAGGACAUGUGUCUAGCAUCUCUUAGCAAAGAAUACAAACAUAUUCAUAAAGAAUUGCCAAAGCCUAUAUGCCAGACCUGCCCAGCAGUGGAGGAAUUCUUUACACAGAAAAGAGUACUAGAUGUUUUCUGUGCCAACAACUUUGCGGUGAAGGUAAAGCUGUCCAAAAAGAGAACAGUUUCUGGUGAUCAGGAGUAUAAUAUUGAAUGCCAGGUGGAAUUCAUCAACCAGGAUUUGCUCUUGCCUUAUGAUACUCGGAAUAUGAUACAACAGUGGUUGCUUAUGAAUGAAAAUUGUACUCAGAGGAUGACCCAAACCUACCGCCCCAUGGUGUAUCUCAUUGUGGGGAAUAUUGAGGAGGGUACCAUUUUAGUAAACCAAAUUUACCGCUGGCAGAGGAGGGACUCCCAGCUGACUUUGGCCACACGGAAGUGGAAACACCAUAAAUGUUUAUAAAUAUUUAUCUUGUGGUCCCUGAUACAUGUAAAAGGUGACUACACUCCUCAUACCAAUGCCAUCUUGUAAAUAGAAAUGUAUUAUAAAUGCAAUGUAAAGACUUAAUGUAAUUUUUUUAAAUAUGUUAUAAUAGGUUGAAUUCAACCUGGGUGUAAGUGGACAUAAGUUCUGUGUGGUAAAUGGUCCAGCCACUUUGGCCCAGCAUGUAUAAAUGUGUAUUCUCAGAUUGUUGUGAAAAAUCUUGCAUAAAAUGUAUAACACUGUCAUAAAACACUUGCUUAUGCAAAUCAUAACAAUGAAUGCUUCUAAUGCUGUUUGAGGUGCUCAGCACAUCUGAAAAUCUGUCUGUCUACAGUUUCUUAAGUUUUUUGUAUUGCUCAUCACUGUAAUAUCUCAGUAUUGACUUUUACAUGCCUAACUGUGAUUUUAGGUGCCGAAUUUUAGGCACCUGCUUUGAUAAAAUUUGGCCUAGAUCUACACUAAUAAUCUACUUAAUUUCUUACAUUGAUGGAGUGUUUUAAAAGAAGGUGGCCCUCUACUGGACAUUUCUAUAUGGAUAAAAUGGUUUCCUUUUCUGUCAAAUAGACAUCAGUUUGAGUGCCUCAGGGCCAAAGGGCCUCAGCCUCAGAAGGACAUGGUUGGAUGGCUAGUUUUAUUUUAUAAUGGGUAGCACUUACAAUACUAUAGUAUUAAUAUUUUAAUGCAUAAGACGAGUACAGUUUUUGAAAAAGUAAUUUCUUUAUUGUGUGUGAUCAUUUUGAAAGUGUACACUCCUACUGGAAUCUGAAUCAGAACUUUGCUGAAUGUAUCUAGUCUGUUUUCAUUUUAUUAAUUAAAAUAAAACAUUUGUUACUUUAAAAAAUCAACACAGGUGCUCUGCCAGCUGUCUCUGGGAAUUACACAGGACUAAGACAACUGCAAAAGGCACUGCUAAUAUUCAAGAAAUGUAAAACAUUAUACUGCCCAAAUGAUUGUAAUUAGCAUCAUCAGUUGUAGUAUGCCUGUGCUAAUCUUAAAAAACAGUAGUGAUGGAUGGGGCUCAGCUUAAUUUCAAACACAUAAGAACUAAUUUCAUAAAUAUGUAUAAUCAGCACAAAAACAUGUAAUAGCUACUGCAUAAAUUAUCAGCUACACCAGUAAUAUGCUACCUCUUGUGUUUGUAUAUUUAAAAAGUUUAAAAAAGAAUCUGGAAUUUUAAAGCAAGGUCCUGUCUAAGGUCCCAACUACAUCUGCUAGCACAUGAUCCUCAACCAUGCUCCAGGGCAUCCUUAUUAAAACUAAGCAAAUAGUUUUUUAGUGAUUCAUUAAUCUCCCUCUUGUUCACUUACAUACAAAAAAUUAAAAAUCUAGCUUACACUUAGCUAAUAUAUACAACUUUGUGUUCCUAUCAUUGUUAGCCCUGGCUUCUCUCCUCCCACCAUUAUGUCUUAUACUCACCUGUCACAUAUUGUCCUUACUUAGACCCCAAUCCUUUAAUAAACUCUUUGAUUGAGUCUACCCUUACAGAGCUCAUUGGGGACUGUAAGCUCUCUGGGGCAGGGACUGUCUUCUGUCCCAUGUUGUUCAGUUCCCAGCACUAUGGAGUCCCACUCUUUGCCUAAGGCCAAUAGUAACAACAUGGCUUCUUCUUACCAGUGAGGACAAGAAAAUACGGGACUGAAUCAGAUCUGAAUAAAUAACCCACUUCCUUCCCUGACGAACCGAGGGACGCACCCCACCCAUGUACUUAUUCUCUACACCAAUAUUGACUUGGACUCUUAAUAUAUUCCAUGGGUGGCAUACCCGAGCCUAUCUAUCCACUGAUGCUUUAAAAACUCCCACACCCAAUCUGGAUCUAUGCUGGUUAUGUGAUAUAUAUGUACCUCGUGAACCUUGUAACC